AUGCUCCCCGCGGGCGCGGCGCUGCUCGUCUCCGCGGCGUGGGUGAUCCUGACCGCGUCAACCUCGGUCAGAUGCGGCGCCGACGGAAGCUUCUGCGGCGACGCGGCCGCGCGAUGCGCGCGCCUCCGCGCGGUCCUCGAGCGCGACCUCCACGGGCAGCGCGUCGGCGCGGACCUCCUCGCGGACGCGCUGUGCGACCACUUCGGAGGAGGAGGAGGAGGAGGAGGCGGAGGCGGGAAGCCGCUGGUCGCGUCGUUGCACGGGUCCCCGGGCGUCGGGAAAUCCUUCACGCAUCGACUCGUCGCGCGGGCGCUGUACGACGCCUUGGACGACGACGACGAGGAGGAGGAUGGGGACGGGGAGAGGGAGAGGGAGAGGGAGAGGGAGGAGAAGGCGAAGGAGAAGGAGGGCCCCGCGCGGUGGAUCGACGCCGCCGCGGGGCUCGCGCGGCGCGUCGGAGACGGCUUCGCGACGUCGUCGUCGUCGUCGUCGUCGUCGUCGUCGAGGCGACGACGACCACGACGACGACCGCGAGAGUGCCCCGGCGCGGACUGCCCGGCGUACAAGGUCAUCUUCGGCGUCGACUACGUGACCAACGAGCAAGAGACGCAGGCGAGGCUCCUCCGAGACGCGCUGCUGACGCACCUCGCGCGGUUCCCGAACGCGGUCGUCGUCGUCGAGGAGUACGACAAGCUCGGCGCAGGGAUGCUCAAACAGAUGCUCGAGAAGGGCGCGUCCGCCGCGUCGGACGCGCGGUUCCACGACGCGGUGUUCAUCUUGGAAGCGAACGUCGGGUUCGUGAACAUACACGAGCACCUCGCGGACGCGGACGCGGACGCGGAGGGAGGAGGAGGAGAGAGUCAUCGCGGAGAGGUCGGAGAGGUCGGAGAGGUCGGAGAGGUCGGAGAGGAAGAGGACGCCAGCUGUACCGCCGCCGCCGCCGCCAGCUGUACCGCCGCCCCGGAUCGGCUGUCGUCAGGCGCGUUCUCCUCACACUGGUCCCCAUACGACCGCGUUGGCGUGGUGAACGCCGAUCCUUAA